GUUCUUAACGGUGGCCAUUUACCGUAAAACUCCACCGGUUGUAAGAACGGAGAAAUCGAGGCCCAAACCCUAGAGAUGAACUCGUUGGCGCGGAACGUAUCGUGCUUCAUCAGACCUUCGAUUCACACCACUGACUCGAUACAUUUCCUGCAGAACCUUCAUUGUCAGCAGCAGCAAUGGAGGGGGAUCCGAGUGAAGGUACUGAACGGAAAUCUAGAGCGGGCACUGAAAUUUUUGCAAAGGAAGAUGCAAUCGAGCGGAAUCGAGCGGCUGAUUAAACGUGAGCAGACCCACCACAUUAAGAAUUCCGAGAAACGAGUUUUGGCACGGAAGAAUUUGGAGCGUAAAAUUCGAUCGCAGGACCUAGCUCGCAAGCUCAAAGCCAUCCUUAUAAAGAAAGUCAGGGGUCUGUAAGCAUGUGACAUUUAGAUUGAUGGAAAAAAGAUGCAUUGUAGAUUCACAGGAAACUUGCUCCUGGACUUGAAUUCAGAUGUUGCUAAGCUCUUUCUUCGGAUCUCUCGACUCUGGCUACCUUUUAAAAGUGCAAUUGAAGUGCCUUUAUUCAGCAGGAAGGCUCUAAUUAGAUAUUCUGUUUUAUCUUAUUUUAGCAAUUCUGCGCCCUAUUAUGGAUCCCUCUCAAAUUGAUUGUCUUCCUCUUUGAUCAUUUUCUACUACAUGCACUUUAGCUGGAUUUUUGUAGAACUUCGGAUUAUGAAUAUAUUAAAAAUAGCAACCCCCUGCAGGCACAGAA